AUGACUUCCACACCGGCCGGUGUGGUCCUGAUCCCUGAUGACGACACGCAACAGUCCGAAGGGGUCGACGAGGCGGCUGAACAGCCCGUUGUUCCUGCUCUCUCCUCCAUUCCCGUUCCAGGUGUUUCCUUGGUUUCCCCAAAGUUUUCCCCGGUUAAAGGUUCUAGCAGCCCUGGGUCAGUUUCAGUUCCUUUAGGUGGUGUUUCUGGAGACGACUCUACUGAGUCUCCUGUUUUUGUUCCUUCCUGGGAUCUCCGCAACAAUUCCCGACUCUCUGUUCGAAAUAAUGCUUUGGAAUUUUCCCGCCAUGCUUUUCCUUCGGCUGCUGUUGGCGAUAUGGAGGCUAUGGAGGGUACUCCAGAAAGUGCAAUGGGUCAGGGUAUUGUGUCGGUGGCUGAGGUCGAUGCUGGGAAGGGUAAUGAGGGUGGCGAUGAUGAUCUUGGAGAAAGUGAGGUGGUUGUUGUGGGAAACGAAGUCACCUGUGGCGAGGAUGAUGUUGUUGAAGAUGCUCCGGCAUCGUGUGCUACCCCUCUUGGGGCGUGA